GAAGAAAAUGAUGACGCGGCUUUCCACGACAUUCCCAUCCGUGAAGUUCCCGAAACCUCGGCCCUCCUCGAACUCGAAACUAUCAUCAUGUUCAACAUCACAACCCAACAUUAAAUCAGAACCAACAACAACGUCCAGUUCUCCCUCAAAAUUGAAACCAGGAUCCUGGUCUGUUUAUCUCAUCCUUUCCACCAAUGCCCCCAUCAAAACCUACGUUGGUGUCACUACCGAUUUCUCUCGCCGAUUGAAACAACACAAUGGUGAACUAAAAGGUGGUGCAAAAGCAUCCCGAGCUGGAAGACCAUGGGUUUGUGCAUGCCUGAUACAUGGUUUCAAAGACCAUAAUGAAGCAUGUGCAAUUGAAUCUAAAUGGAAAACUUUAUCAAGGAGUUUGCCUCGCAAAAAAAAGGAUGACAACAAGGCAGAGCAAGUAAAUGACUCGUCGCUUCCUCUACUACGACAUAGGCAAGCAGCUCUCUAUAAAGUUAAAAAUAUAUUUGAUUGCACUCACUUAGAAAUCGACUGGAAACUGAACCCCUUAUAAUUGGUAAAACGGAGGUCGCUGCACUUUACAUUACCUAUAUGCUAAUUAAUAUGUUCAACUGACAGAACAUGAUGCAACACUAGGAUAUUUCAAUUGAACAUUAUACUAUGGACUAUCACUAGUCUAAGGUCGUUCUAUACUUAUAUGAAGCACUUUAAUCACAGUCGUAACUAAAAAGAGGAUUUUGAUGCUCGGAAAAUUCAUAUCUAGAAGAGGUCUAC